AUGGUUGAAGAGGAGUUCUCCCACGAAUAUGUGACUCCAUCCGCCGUCGCCCAGGAAUUCUCCCUCGAUCUGUACAGCGGCAGGGCCCUUAUCGGGGACGGCGCAGACCUCGUUUUCGAGGUCGUCGGCGGCGGUGAUGAACUUGAGGGAGCCCAGCGUAUCCUCGAUCGAGACGCCGGUGUCAGAACAGAAGGGUCACCUUCGAGAAGGCCCUGUGGUGGAGAUGGAGGUGAGCAUCAUGGACGGUCGCGGCCGGCGAUGCGGCGUCGUCUCCGGCAUCACCACUGUGAAAAACCCCAUAUCCCCAGCUCGCCUCGUCAUGGACAAAUCCCUGCAUUCCUACCUCUCUUUUCCAGCGGCAAGAAGAUUCCGAGCAAUAGGUCUCUCCCUAUUCAGAUCCGAGAGCCAAAAAAGUGA